CGUGGGUGGCAGGGGACGGUACAGUACGGGCUAUGUUUUUUUUAUGUGAAACUCAAGAAGACGCAGUGCAGGCGGAGCGAAGGUGAGUCGACGUUUGGGCUUGAGUACAAAGGUGUUUUAGUGGAGACAGCGUGGCCCUCUACACCACGUCAGGAGCGGAGGGGAUUCCGAAGCAGCUCCAUGUGCCGGGCCGGGAGGGUCUCAAGAGGAUUCCGAGAUGCAUGGCGACCAAGUGCUUUGCGCAUGGAAGCGGGCGGGUUUGGGCUGUGUCGGCAGCGUGUGAUUGGGCCGACGUGCGGCCCGUGGCUUAGGCGAGCAGCCUUACGGAGAGAAACUGAGGCGCGGCGCGACUCUCCGUAUCGCCCUUGAGCCUCAAACAUGUCUCCUCCACCCGAGAUACCCACUCCUGAAAACGGCUUCCAUGUUCUGGUCACGGGCGCCAACAGCGGCCUCGGCCUCGGCAUCGCGACACGGUUGAUUGACGAAUUCCUUCAGACCCGGCCCCUGGAUCAGUCGCUCAUUCUCACCAUCACCACCCGCGACCAACGCAAGGGCGACGCUACCAUUGACAAGUUGGAGCACCAUCUGCGCAGCACCAUCCAUACCCACGAGCGCAAGCUGCCGGGCAUUGCAUCCAGGCUGCAGAGCCGCGUACACUUUCGCCAGGAGCGACUCGACCUGCUGAGCCUGGUCUCGGUGCAGAAGCUGAGCAAGAAGCUGCGCGACACGACGCCCAAGCUAGACGUCCUCAUCUGCAAUGCUGGCAUCGGCGGGUGGACGGGCAUAGACUGGCCUCGCGCCAUCUGGACCAUCCUGUGCAACUUGAAAAACGCCCUGACCUGGCCCACCUACAAGUUAUCAGGCAUUGGAUGGCUGGCAAAGCCCCAGGUCGCAGGGGAAAAAGGCCUCGACGAACCGCCUCUAGGCGAGGUCUUUUGUGCCAAUGUCUUUGGUCACUACAUGCUCGGCCACUACCUGGCACCGCUGCUGGCAAAGCACCCCAAGAGCCAGCAGACGAGGGGCAGGAUCAUCUGGGUCAGCAGCCUCGAAGCCUACGACCAUGUCUUUAGCGUUGAUGACAUCCAAGGCAUCACGUCGGACAUGCCGUAUGAAUGCUCAAAACGCCUGACGGAUGUGUUGGCCAUUUCGUCGACACUGCCAUGCACAAGAGAGGCCGUGGAUCACUAUCUUGGCGACGUCAAGGACACGGAAGAGACGACCAAGCCGCGGCUGUAUGUCUCGCACCCGGGUAUCUGUGGCACGUCUAUUAUGCCUCUGCCUCUGAUCCUCGAGUACUGCAUGGUGAUUGCGUUUUUCAUUGGGCGUUGGGUGGGCAGCCCGUGGCACACGGUAAGCGUAGCCAAGGGGGCGACGGCCAUGGUUUGGCUGGCACUUGCGAGUCAGAGCACCCUGGAUCACGUCGAGGCCGAGGAGGGCGUGGGCAAAUGGGGGAGCGCAACAAACUUUUGGGGAGAGGAGCGUGUAGAUCGCACCGAGGUGGCGGGGUGGGGAUGGGGAGGCAAGCUGGGGGAGCGCAAGAGAAGAGGCAGGGAUCCGCAUGCCAAAGACCUUUGCAAGCAGAGUCAGGAGCGGUUUUUGGAGACGGGACAGAAGUGUUGGGAGGAAAUGGAGCGACUGCGUGUCGAGUGGGAGGAGCGGCUACAGGCUCGUUGUUUUCACCGCUUUACUUUUUUCUCCCACAAGCUCGAGUGCAACCACCGAGAGGCCCAAAAAUCAAGUUUGACGUCGACUCGCCCUCCCACUCGCACACAAACACACGCACGCACCUCUGUGAGCGAGCGAUCAAUGGACCCAAAGGGCGAUCCGCUCCCGAGCGACUUCCCACCCGUCUUUGCACGCGACACCACCCUUGACGCGCCCUCGCACGCGACUGGCACCUACACUGUGCUUGCACUCGACUCGGCGUUUGCAAUCGCCUAGAAACAUUGUUUCAAGAACAAAGCACCAUUGUGCGGUUGCCCUGCAACGCCGAUCUCUCACUUAUAGUCGCAUCCGCCGCCAGCCCACCGCUCGCGCCGCUACACACCCUAACACUAACCAUGCCC